AUGAUCAUAUGCAAACCCCCUAGGAUUGCAGAUGCGUUGCAGUCUUCACUGUUGCACGAAUGGGUUCUUGCUCUGUUGGCUGUUGCAGUGCGCCGUUGUCACCCGACGCGGCCGCACGUGCGCCACCCCGGCAGACGCAUAAAUUCCGUUUACGCAUUGUGCCACGAGGCUGCCCGCCCCCACCGCGACAUAUUGCCGCAAAAUAUUCGGUCGCGCACGUCAUCGCACAACGCACUGAUGCAUUUCAACCGUCCCGUUCUCAUUCCCGUGCUAUUGCUUUUUAGUGGGGCCGAGCAGAGUUGUAAA